CAGAAAGCUUCUGCAUCAUAUAAGGGCGCAAGGCAUCAGCCCUGACAGAUCCUAGCUAGGAAAAGUCACGUCAAUUCUGACCGUCCAAAGGAACAAUUCGCUUCACCUCGACUACGUCCCAAAACUCGCCAUCUACCCAUUUUACACAUCACGAUGGCGAAGAACAAAAGCGUCAUUCACGCUAAAAACAUCGUUAUAUUCGGCGCAAUGGGCGCCGGAAAGAGCUCUCUCAUAAACCUCAUUGCAGACAAAAACAUCGCUAAAACUGGCUCCAACCUCAAACGCUGCACCCUCACAUGGACCAAAUAUGUGUUACCCAAGCUCUUUGAUGAUGGGAUGCAACACAAUAUCUUCGACACGAUGGGGAUCGAGAACCCAGAACUCGAACCAUAUGAGUACCACCGGUCCAUCAAGAAUGCCAGCCGCCUUCUCCGCGAGCUUGAUGCAUGCGGCGGCACCAGUUUGUUGGUAUAUUGCGUUCAAAAAGGCCGUGACAGUGGUGCAUUGCGGAGUAACUACCAGUUAUUCUGCGAAGUGUUAUAUCAGCGGCGAGUCCCCAUAGUCAUGGUAGUGACUGGCCUCGAGGACGAGGACGUCAUGGAGGAAUGGUGGGAGCGGAACCAUGAAUCAUUAGAAACAUCCCAGAUCGUCGUGGAGGGACAUGCAUGCGUAACGACCCUGAAGGAUGAAGAUGUGAAAUAUGGGGCAUCGAGGGAAGCCGUGCUUAAGCUGAUCCGGCAGUAUGCAGUCGGUACGCCAGUGUCUGGGGGAUGGAAGCACGAGGGGAUAGUGAACGCGUUCAAGCGACGGUUCGGGCGUCCUAAUCCGGAGGACAAGAAGUUGCAGGAUAAAUUACAGAAGGACCUCGAGAGUCAAUGUGGCAUGAAGAAAGAGUUGGCUUCGAAGGUUGCAAAACAUUCGCGUACACGUAGCCCAACGAACUCGCUGCUGUGA